AUGUUGCGGCGGGACGACCUGAGCCGCCGUCUAGGCGCAUAUUUCGACGAAGGGAGAAGGAACCCCUAUAGUGAUGCACAGAUCCAAGAAGUCUCGUCCUUACUGGUGCACCUGGAGGACUCCUGGAGCAGAGUGCCCCGCCUCUACAUUGUCCUCCGUCAGGUUGGUCAGCUGAGCAGGCUCAACGAGCUCAUUGAUAUCGGCUUCAAUGACCACUGGUUCCCAGUCACUACACGUAGUCUGCCUUCCUUUCUCAGCCCCAGCGUGCGCGCAGAUAUCUGCGAUACUCAGUCUCUCGUCCUGACCAAGUCCAUUGACUUGGAAAAGGGCGAGAAUGGACGGCACAGGCACUAUGCGAAGGGCGAAACUCUACCCUUUCAAUCCAAGGAGAUCCUUGGGUCAGGCGGCUUCAGCCAGGUAGACAGAGUCCUCAGCUUGAUCAGCUACAAAGAGUAUGCAAGAAAGCGGAUGCGGCGCCGUGCGGUCUUCGGCAACGAUACGAAGGAAGCUAUGAGGCAAUUUGCCGCGGAAGUGGACAUUCUCAAACGAGUGAAGCACCGCCACAUCGUCGAGUUCGUCGGCAGCUACACCGAUGCCCACUAUCUCGGUAUCCUCAUGUCCCCGGUGGCAGACCACGAUCUCGCCGCCUACCUGGCUGUGUGUCCUUUCCCGCCGUCGCGGAUUGCAGAAGUCAGGACCUUCUUUGGCUGCCUUGUCACCGCGCUGCAAUACUUGCAUGAUCAUCGCAUUAGGCACAAGGACAUCAAACCUGGAAACAUCCUGAUCAAAGGCGGAAAUGUCCUCUUCACUGACUUCGGUCUGUCACGAGAUUCAGCGGACGGCGUCGGCAGUACUACAUCCGGUAUCACAGCUCUGUCACCGAGAUAUUGUGCGCCUGAGGUUGCGGCAAUGACGACAAGAAAUGCUUCCUCAGACAUCUGGAGCUUGGGUUGUGUCUUCCUAGAGAUGGCCGCUGUGCUUAAAGGCUGGAAGAUGAGUGACUUCAAGGAGUACUUCGAUACCACAGGAAGCCGGGAGCCAUUUAUCAGAGUGAAUCUUGAGGCAACAUUUCAGCUGAUUGCGGAGCUUCGAACCGUCGGAUUUGCGAAGGACGACAUCCCGCUAGGAUGGAUUGAAAGGAUGUUACGGCUCGACCGCAAUGCGCGACCUACAGCAGCCGAAUUAAUCACCGAAAUCAUCAAAUGUACAGGUGACGGAAUGCGGUUUUGUGGCAUUUGCUGUCUUGCUGAAGAGGAGUCAGACGAGACUGACGAGCUCGACGAAUUCUUUGAAUCUACGGCUACCACUCUCAAUGUCUCACCGUCGCCAGCUCCACCGGCAUUGAGCGAAAUCAAGGCUGUUCUCCAAGCGUCUGGUGCUAAGCCUACUGUCGCCAUUCCGCCGAAUGAGAGCAGAUCCAUUCAGUCGACCGUUAUCGAGCAGGCCUCUCCUCAAUGUUCGGAGCCAGCUCUGACAAGUCAGCAAACUACCAAUGAUCGAUUGGCCGACAGCGUUGAGACAUCGUCCCAGACCGUCACGCCACUCAGCAAAUUUACUCAGAGCGAUAAAGAAGAGUCCACCGAAGUGAUAGGUACCGCCAAUCUUCGACAAGAUGGCGUUAACAACGUUUCCGUCCCUACUCUUGUAGAGCCAGAGAUAUCGGAGACAGGCGGGGACGAAGCAGUUCCCCAAGAUCAGCCUGAGAAGGUUGAAGCUAUGGCGCCAGCAUUAAAUUUCCCAAAAGCUCCCAUGUCGAUUGAGCGCCAGCACGAGGUAGUGCAACUCAUGACGGAAUUCCACGAGCUGAAAGACAAGUACCAAAAGGUCAAAAAGUAUUAUUUCGAGAAGAAGGCCCAAGCACACAGACUCGAGAGGCUAGUAGCAGACAAGCGCCUCUACUACUCCCAGACCUCCCUGGACGAUACCCAGUACGCAAAUCACUUUGCCCGACUCGAUGGUAUGAUCAAACAGGUAGCUUUCAACAUACGCAAAGAUUGGUGUCAUAUCCCCUGCUGGAUGCAAGAGUCCGUGAACGAAGAAGCGAUGGCCCUCGGCAAGCACGAAAUGAAUGUAGUCGGGCGAGCAUUCUUCUCUCGCGAAUUGGCAGAAAGACUCUUUAACCGCGUCUUUCAUCCGGAUAUCCACCUCAAGCUGUCGAUUCAGCUCAAAUCGAUCGAGAAUGCGUACAUAGCUUCGAUUGCACCUCAUAAAUCGUCUGAAGAAGCGCAGAAACAGUACGAGAAUCUGUUGCGGUGGCGUGUUGCCACGUUGGAUGGCCUGCAAGAAAUCCUUCAGUCACCACAAAGCCAGAAAACCCGCCAGAUACUCGUUCAGGACCUGGUAGAUGAACUUGUAGACGAACUGGCGAACUACUUACGAUAUUCGGCGUCUGACAAUCAAGAAUUGCAUAGAGGCCUCAAGAUGUUAGUGGAGCUGGCCGUCUUUAUAGCGGCACACAUUCCUCGAGAAAGUCGUGGUAUUCGUCUGCAUUACUUCACGCCUGGCCAAGCUGUGGAUGUGGAGCUCAUGGACGUUGAAUUAGGUCUACCACGACUAACGAACCCAAUGGACACUGACUACUCUACUAAACUACCUGGUCAUGAUAUGGUUCGAUUAGCAGCAGGGUUUUGCGUCACUGAUGCUAAUAACAAAGCAAUUAUCAAGGCACGAGUGUACCGAGGGCAGGGUGUCCAUUAG